UUUACGCCAGUGGCGAUGGAUAGUGUUAGUGGCCUUGUGCCACUAUGAUGGGUUAUUCACGAGUCUGUGAUGAGCGCAGCGGUCGGUAGGUGUUUGUAUGAUGAUAAAUUAGUGCGCACCGCGUGCGUGUAGUCAGUCUCUGAUGGAACUCAGUGGAAUACAGACUGGUGCCGCAACUGAGGCAGAAGUCGGGACAAUUUCACUUCAAUUUUGAGUUUAUUGCAUUUUUUUUUAUUAGGUUAUAUUUUAUUUUCUCUCACUUCAAGGGUGAUCACACUCCGUUAAGACUAGGGGAAACAAUUAUGACAGUGUAUUCACACAUUGGACAAUAAAUAGCCUGACAAUCAGAAAGCAUAAUAGGACGAGAAAGCACCCGAAUAAUUUUCUGUGCUCUAUCAAUCUACAGUCGAGUAUUUGUUCCAAGAAAACGAGCAGUGUUUCAUUUGUGUGCGCGUGGAUUUAAUUUUCGGAUAUCUAUCACUGUGUCAAGCAAUAUUGGACCCGUCCUACACAAAUCUAGGCUGUGCUGAUGUUGCCCGCGGACAGACGCACCGCUGGAUUGUAGCAGUGCUGAUGGAUUAAAGGGCAACCUUAACCUUUGGAGGGCGCGAAGGGAGCGGGGCAGCAGACAGACAAUUGAUGGGCACAUCCCUGGCUCUCAGCAGACUGGCUACACUGUGAGGGGACAUAACACAGAGGAAUGCCCUCUCCAGCUGGGUGACCUGGUGCCAACUGUCUGCAGCUGUCUGGCCAGAGCCGGAUGAUGAUUCUCCAAUGUCACAUCCCUGGAUGAGUGAGAGACACACACAGCAAGGAAGUAAAGGGGUUCUACUUCUAAUGGUCUGCAUGGUGACUCUGCUGGAGAUGGCCAGACCAACAGAAGGUGUCAGAGUGCAUCAAGUCAGAACCGGCACUUGUGAGGUUGUGGCUUUGCAUCGAUGCUGCAACAAGAACAAAAUAGAAGAACGCUCCCAAACGGUUAAAUGCUCCUGCUUCCCUGGACAAGUGGCCGGGACGACCAGAGCUGCCCCGUCUUGUGUAGAUGCCUCUAUAGUGGAGCAGAAGUGGUGGUGUCAGAUGCAUCCAUGUCUGGAUGGGGAGGAGUGUAAAGUCCUCCCAGAUCUAAAGGGAUGGAGCUGCGCCACGGGGAACAAGAUAAAGACUACCAAGAUCUCAUCAGACAGGGAUCAGCUCUGGUAACCCUUGAUGCCACGGAACCGAAUCAAGGUUGAUCAAUAAAUGUUACUGGGUCUUUACCUGUGGAAUACCAUCAUGGACUCAAGAACAUUGCAGCGACCCUUUUUGUAAAUAGAGACUCCCUCUAUUGGAGACUAUACUAUGAAUCUUCUGGAAGACUUACAAGCACAGGGUAACAAAGGACAUCUGGAUGAGAAGAGAAGAGUGGACACUACUAAAUGAUUGCUCAGUAGAGGGGACCUAUAUUUUGAAAAGCCCAGACAUGACUAUCACCACAUUGGGCAUCAGGAUGUCUUUUUAUUCUCUAACAUUGUUCUGCUUAUAGUGGAUUACAAUGGGGAAUUUUGUCUAAACAUUAUUUGUAAAGUGAUAGUUUUUCUAAGGGAAAUAGUUUUUUCCCCCUUAGAAUGCAUUGUGCAUCAUUACUGUGCAUCAUUACUGUAACAGAGUAUCAUCAAUAUCAAGAAUGUCCCCCAUGAAUAUUAGGGACGAGUCAAAUUCGAUCCAGUUUUUAACAAUCAAAUGAUGGUCAGAAAAUGGGAAGAAGAAAUAUAAAAUUGGUGAACCUUAUUGUAUUGAGCCAAUCAUUGAACAUGCAGGGUGAUUUUCAAAGAUGCACAAAAAAGGCACAAGGUACUGGAAUUGGCGUAUUUAAAAAAAAUGGGUGGCCAUUCUUAUGGGUGGCCAUUCUCGAUAGUGCUGCGUGCAGGGAACAUGGCUUAUUCAAAAGUGAGUUUCAACCAAUGGCAAGUGAGAGAAUGUGAUGUAUCCAAGGAGAAAUACAUGUAUACUGAUGUAUAGGGCAGACUACAAUGUAGCACCAAAACUGAAUACUGAAGUUCAUGUUUGAUUUGCAUGUUUUAUUCCAAGGGUAUUAUCUUUCAUUUGGGGCACUAGGUACAUACUUUUGAAAACGUACACAUUUAAUGAAUGUGGUGCGCAAAUGAGUUACUCCUAGUGUGCUUAGCGUUUGCUUAGGUUCUUUUGAAAAUCAUCCUGUCAACUGCCAGUGGAUCCAGUUAGUUUGUUUAUGUUGCACAAUGCCUGGGCUCAGAUUCGAAUGUCCAUGUAAAGUUUAUGUUAAUGUAUGCAAGCUAAAAUGCAUUCAUUCUACAAUACUGGCUAUAGUCCAUGGGGUUGGUAGGGGCCGGGUUAAGUGCUUUUUAAAAUUAAUUUCUGAUUCGCUGAUAACUUUUCAACAGGUAUCUCUGACGCUUCCUUCAUCUGUGCAAGUGCUAACAUCUUCGAAUAAUAAACUGUGGUAGUCUUAACUUAA